CGUCCGACGAAGAAGUUCCGGCGACACCUACAGGUUUUCUACUUCCGUUUUAACCCUAGAUCAGCUCAUCUCUUCCUUUAUUUCUCUGGUUCCCUUCUAUCAAUUUUUCCAUUGAAUAAACGCAAUUAUUAUGAGACUUACGAGUAUUGUGUUCUAAACUGCCGUUUUCUUGUUUCAAUUAUGUGUAAAUGAGUGAUUUUAUUUCUUGUACACAUAGUUCAAUGCAGUAAUGGUUCCAUAGAUUAGUGCUCUAUGGAUUAUGCGUAACAGAGGAUUAUGCCUAGUAUCCUUUCAAUGCAGUAAGCUUCAUUUGUGUGUUAGUAGUCAUAUAAUAUAAUCCAUCUUUUAUUCUUCAAUCAAAGGAUUAUGCGUAACAGAGGCUUAAAUAUGUUGAUUAGGAUGUUAUAAAGCUUUUGAUUUUUUUUUUUCUAUUUGGGUUUCACAUAAGUAUCUGUUCCCACGGAUUGGAGAAAUGUGAAGAUGCUAAUCUACAUUUUUUGGGAAGAGAUGAGCCGAUCUCAUCUACCCAUUUUCAUCACACUUGCCAGGAAUCAUCUUCCUACAUGUCUAUAUCUCAUUGGACCACAUGUCAGGCGCCAUCUACAGGUUCUGCCAUUUGCCAGGAAACGUUUUUUCAAGAAAAAACCGAGAGAAAUCUUGUACGAGAGCAUAUGUCUGAUGCCACUGAAGUUGACUGAGCGUGUAUUGCCAUGGCUUGUUGGCUCAUUGAAUGAAGAUGAAGCACAGAACUUACUACAUAAUAUGCAGUUAGCGGGGGCUUUUCCUUCAGUGCCAUUUCUAAAGUGAGGGGCUUUUCCUUCGGUGCCAUGUUUUGCAUUCCUGAUUGACUUCAACACUCAGAUUCAUCCUUUUUAAAAGGUUUCUGCAAUCAGGUAGUGAAGUAUUCUGAAGAAUCUGGAUGUUGCCGAAAAAAGAUCCUUUAGAGCUUCGGGGAGAUGGUAUCUGCAUCUGUAUGUGGAAAUUCAUGUGAUGCUUGCAAACAUCCUGAUCUAGUUGCUAAAAACUUGGAAGAGCUCAAAGCUGCUGCCACCUUUCGCCAACAAACUGGAUCUUCAGGG